GAUGACACUGCUUUCCUACAAGUUCUUCAGUUCCAUUUCACGCUUUCCUUUCGCUCGAUCGCUCCUCCUCCGAUACUGCCCGCGACGCUGUCAUGCGCUAUUUUACGAUCGCUCUGCUUGCCAUGAGUACUGUGGCGCCCGUUCUUGCCCUACCUGUCUACUCAAACGCAGCUAGGGAUGUAGCUGGCACGCUUUUGGAGCGCACAUUCGAGCACGACCUUGAUGCGCGCUUCGACGCCGACAGCAUGCUGCUGCGCCACGACUUCCUUGAUUCUCGGAUGGAUGCACUCCUAAUGGCUCUAGAGAGGCGGGGUAAGCCGGAAAGCGGGUAUGUCACCAAACCGAGCAAGCCGACCCGUCCCAAAUGCCUCGAGCCCCUUGACGUCCGGUCGGACGUCGACGACGUCCUCAUGAAUCUAGAGAGGCGAGGGAAGGUGGACAGUGGGUAUGUUACUAGCAAGCCGAAGCCGAAGCCGGCGCGGCCAAAGCGUCGGAAUAUCCUCGAGGCUCGUCUGGAUUUCGAUGACCUCUAGAUGGAGGAAGGGCCCGGAGGAGUACUACAGAUCGGAGGAUGGGUCUGGGUUGAUAUUGAUAUGCGCAAGAGUGGUCGCGUUCUUUGGCUCCGCGAACCAAGUCGACGUGAGGUGCCGGCCGG